AUGUCGAAAGUUGCAAUCGUAACGGGUUCUAAUCGAGGUAUCGGUUUCGGUAUAGUCAAAGCCCUGUGUCAGCGUUUCGAUGGCGUGGUAUACUUGACAUCGCGAGAUGAACUUCGAGGAAAGGAAGCUGUCGCGAAAUUGAAAUAUAUGGGGUUAAAACCAGAAUAUCACCAACUAGACAUUGCUGACAAAAGCAGCGUCGAGAAGUUCAGAGACCAUAUUAAAGAAAAAUAUGAGGGAAUAGACAUUCUUUUUAAUAAUGCAGCCGUUCUUGAUACUGAGGUUGAUUCUAGAACAUACGAAGACGCCAAAAGAGUUAUAGAUAACAACUACAGAAGCAUUUUCUAUUUAAAAGAAUUAAUCUAUCCAUUAAUAAAGAAUAAUGGGCGUGUCAUCAACAUUUCGAGUGACUGUGGACAUCUUUCAAAUAUACGUAAUGAGUAUUGGAUCAAAAGGUUAUCAAAGCCGGAUUUGACAGAAGCUGAUGUAAACGAAUUUGUUGAAUGGUACCUUGAAUCAGUAAAGAAUGGUACUUACAAUUGUGACGAUAUUGCUGACGAAGGGACUAUCCCGUCAUAUAGAGUCACAAAGGUAGCACUAGCGGCUCUAACUAUGGUUCAUCAACGUGAGUUAGAGUCCAAGAAUAUCUCUGUUAAUUUAAUACAGCCUGGUUUGGUGCGUACGGAUUUAACCCACGGAGUAGGUUUCUUUAGUGUAGAUGAAGCGGUUGAGACUCCACUUUAUCUUGCUCUUGAUGCUCCUCCGACAUUGAAGGGCGCUUACGUAUGGUACGAUAAAAAAGUAAUUGAUUGGUACGAUUCUAAAUCUGAUUGUUAUUUUAAAUUAAGCAGCAUGAGCUCGUAA